UUCCCGAAGUCGAGGUUCACCUGUGGUCUCAACUUUUUCAUAAUUUUCUUCCCAAUAAAAGCAUAAAAUGGACGCCGAAAAGGCUGAUAGCUCAAGCGCAGCUGCCAAAGAACGUAAUAAGGUUCUUUCUUCAUUUCGGAGUGGCAGUCCGAUCGAAAUAAAGGAGGGUGACAAGCUUGGAAGGUGUCGUUGUGUAACUGACUUUGAGAAAUUGAACCGAGUUGGAGAGGGAACAUAUGGCAUUGUUUAUCGAGCCAGGGAUACGAAGUCUCAUGAAAUUGUUGCCCUCAAAAAGAUGAGAAUGGAAAAAGAGAAGGAUGGAAUUCCAAUCAGUGCCCUCCGAGAAAUCAACAUCCUUCUAAAUAUUCGACAUGAAAACAUUGUGGAAUUGACAGAGAUAGCAGUUGGAAAAAGUCUGGACAGUAUUUUUCUUGUGAUGCAGUAUUGUGAACAGGACCUGGCAAGUUUACUGGACAACAUGCAGUCACCCUUUUCAGAAGCACAGGUGAAGUGCAUCAUGCUCCAGGUUUUCAAGGGUCUGAAAUAUCUGCAUUCAAAGUUCAUUAUUCAUAGGGAUCUCAAAGUAUCGAACUUACUAAUGACUGAUAAAGGUUGUGUUAAAAUUGCUGACUUUGGCCUUGCCAGAACAUUCGGCGUACCUAUGAAACCUAUGACCCCAAAAGUUGUGACGUUAUGGUACAGAGCUCCAGAGUUGCUACUGAUGGACAAAAAUCAGAUGACUGCCAUUGAUAUGUGGGCAGCAGGGUGUAUUCUUGGAGAGAUGCUGGCACACCACCCACUCCUGCCUGGACGGACGGAGAUCCAUCAGAUUGAACUGAUCAUCGAGAUGUUUGGAACACCGAAUGAGUCCAUAUGGCCUGGUUUCAAUGAUCUGCCUGCCCUGGAACAUUUUUCCUUGAAGAAGCAGCCAUACAAUAACUUGCGACAUACUUUCCCCUGGCUCUCAGAAGCUGGUGUUAGACUGCUGAACUUCUUGUUCAUGUAUGACCCUCAAAAGAGGGCUUCAGCUGCCGAUUGUUGUGAUAGUUCUUACUUCAAGGAGCAACCAUUUCCAUGUGAUCCAGACCUGAUGCCAUCAUUUCCUCAACAUAGAAAUAAAAGGAGGGUGUCUGAAGCUAAUCAGGAUGAAAAAAACAAAAGAUCAUCUGGUAGUUAUCAAGAAUUUGGAAGUUUUGGACAACAACCAGCUAAAAAGAAAAGGUGAACUCUUGAUGCUGCUAGUGCCCAGCAUUGGGACAUCUCCCUAUGAUGCAUUUACGGAUAUGCUCAACUCAGCCAGUCGUGGUUAGCAACGUCUGUGGAUCUCUUGAGUAUGGAAAAGUUCUGGAUCAAUGUCGGUCGCUCAUCUGCUUAUGGAUCGUCACCGAGGCUGAAACUUGAGGCAAACUUCCUGAAGAAGGAUCCAGUUACUCUUAAACUUUGGUGGAAAUUUUAAAAUGAACUUGUGUGGCAUUUCCUGAGCUGGCCAUUGUUUGCGGCUAUCCUACCUAGAGCUCCGCGUAGCAGGGUCUGUAAGGACCAAUACAGUUUGGUCUCAUAAGUUUGUGGUAUGAAACGCCUUGAAAAUGUUUACAUUUAUUCUGACAUGUUUUAUAGAUAUGUAAUCAGUAAUGUCAAGAAUUGAUAACGAGUAAUCUUCAUAGUUCAUGAUAAUGUUCAGAAAUAUUUUUGUAUUGAAUUUCAUCUCACCAAUCAUGAUGCCAAUUGUAAAAAAAACUGGUCUUGA